AUGAGUCAAAACCAUCACGCGCGUCCGGACGCGUCGAGGAAACGCAAGGAGACGACGGAGAGCGAUUUCGGUUUAGCCAAUCCGGCUACAUCGAACUGGUUAUUGGCCGGUUACAUGGCACACGAGUUCCUCACGUGCGGUACGAUGUUGGGCCGGAAGCUGUAUCCUGGAUGGGCCGAGGUUGGGCCGCUGGUCUCGUCGCCUCAGCAGCACAGAGAAACGAAGGAAGAGGCUCACCAGAAUUACUCUGACGUGGCGAGUAUGUUCAAAACUGAUGGGACCCACGUACCUGGUGUGGUUAACCCGACCCAGCUUGCUCAUUGGAUCCAGAUGUGA